AUGUCUGAAGAGGAAGAUCUGAUGGAGGAAGCUAUGUUUGAUUUAGUUGAAAUUUCUAUUUUUUGCGUUUUUUCCGUCAUUGAGUUUUAUAUGUCAUCAGGAGCUGAAAUUCGAGCUAUUAUGGAUUCGAUGUGCGUCAGAUAUUUGGAACAUAAUAUUAGAAUUAACGGAUUUUUGAAAGAGAAAGUUUAUAAUAUAUGCACUGAUGUAAAAAUUGAAGCAUACGGCUUCCUUUCAUCCGGUUGUAUAUUUUUAUUCCUCGUUUUCCUGUUCGCUAUUGAUCUGAUCAUUUUACUAAAGAAUGCAGAAGAGGUUGAAUCACGAAAAUAUUUGCAAAUGGCAGCUUGUCUUCACUAUGACAGACCUUUAAAAUGUAUGUCAAAAUCAGUGCUGGAAGGUGUUUUUAUCGAAUCUACGCCAAACAGUAAGUGA